AUGCCUGACACACUUAUUACUGUGCACACCAAGGCGCUUUUGCGACUGGACGCCUUGCCAGGCUCGCUCAGCAAGGCGUCGCUGUGCGCGGCUGUCAUGCUCGGCAUCGCCACCUACAUGAAUGUACAGAAAUGGCUGACGAGGCGCGCCGCCGCUGCGGAGGAGGGGGAGGCAGAGACAACCAAACGGGGUCAGCAAAAGGGUGCGUCGAAGGAGGCAACGUCAAGCGCUAGGGCAAGGGAAGCUGGCACGUCCUCUGCUAGUGGUGUCUCUGCGGCUGGCGGCAGCACGGUUGGCGCUGGUGGUGAUAGUGGUAGGAGCGACAGCAAAGUGGCGGUGCCGGGCAGCAGUGGCAGCGCUGGUGUAGUGGCGGCAGUGGGGACCCGGACCCCGCGGCAGCGGCCUCAACUGCCGCCGCGAAACUACUUCACAGUUCGCGCCUCUAUGCACGUAAAGAGGCACAAUGCAAAGUUGAUGGAAUGGUACGACGCUCAACUUGGCAUCCAGUUGCCCUUCUCCCCCGUCUUCUUUGAGCUAAAGCAAGAGGAGCGGCAGGCGCCGCUGAUUCUGCUAACUUUCCGCACAGUGCGGGAGCCAACGCACCGCAUGGCCGUCACUAUCGAGGAGCUCUACGAGCCGCAGACAGCGGUGGCGUACAGCGAGGCCAGUCUCGCCCGGAUUGCCGACUGCGCCAAAAUACUAGGGCAGACGACCACGCGCAUCGGUAGCAAAGAUUACCCAGCGGCGGAGUACUGCUACGUCGAUGAGCACCAGAGCAUGAGCUGUGUCUUCUCCAUAUUUGUGGUCUACAAGCGGCUUGCGGUGACGGUGCAGUACGUGGCCCCGGCGCGUGUGCGCAGCGUGAUGCCGACAACCGUCUACGACAUCGUGCGCUUCCUCUCCUUUGCCACGCCGUCUCCGUCGCCGUCGUACCUUCUCAUAUCUGAACCGCGUCUGGGCUUGGGGUACCACCUGCCGUUGGACUUCCUCGUUCACGAGGGCCUUGCGGAGAGCGAUGGCGUGGAGGACCGCCUCUUCACCUCCCCUAUGGCCACCGGCGGCGGCUUUCUGUCCAUCAGCCCCGGCAGCAUCAAUGCACCCCAGCAGCACACACGAGGUGCUGCAGGUGCGGGCGGGGCCGCGUAUCUACCCUACCACCGUUCCUCCUCCUACGUUGGUCACAGCGGCGGCGGCGAUGGCAGCGCGUGGAUGGUGCCGUACGCAACGGCGAUGAGUCACGGAGGUCGCCGCAUUGGCCUCAUCACCUCAUACGAGCCAACAGAUGUCGCCACAGGGGCGACUUCCCUCGGCGGCGGCGGCGGCGGCGGCGCGGCAGCUGCAACAGGCGGCAACGGGGUCCCGUACGCAUGGCGACCGUACCUUGAGCAGCAGGUUUGCAAGGCCGUACGCCAGCUGGGCCUCGUGCUCGACAACAGUGACAACAACUGUGCGCCACACGUCGUCUUUCAGGCCCCUGUCGCCGCUCACCCGCCUUCGCGGCCGACGCUACUGGUGGAGCCGUACCCGCUGUCGAUCGCGCUCAACGGAAACUUCAGCGCCAGUGACGACGUCCGCGAGGAAGACAGCGACGCAGUAGCGCUCGUCACCGCCUUCUCUCUCUUUCGAGAAGUGCGUGUGGACGUUAACAGCGCCUAUCUGACCCUUGUUCCGGACGCGCUAGAGAGCGCCGCCGCCGCCGCUGCUGGUUUGCCGUCCUCCACGGGGGUGGCCGACACAACCGCUGGCACAGCCAAGGCGUACUGGAGCGCUUUCUACGUCCCUGUCGGCACAGCCUGCGUGAGUUUUCACUUCAUUGCCUCGGCGCUGCGGCACCCCUCGACGGAGUUCGUUUCCUUCUGCGCCACCGUCAUGAACUCUGUGUCGCUCGGCAACCACUACGGCCAGAGCGUGUCGGUGCUGUACUGCAACACCCGGCAUGAUGUGCUGCCCUUUUGCCUGUCGCUGCCGCCAACUGGGAUGGCGACCGUCGAGGAGCCCAUGCUAGCUGAUCCGCUCUGUGUAGUGCAGGCCACGUAUGGUGUGGAGAAGGUCGGCGUGACGGUGCGCGUCUUUCCGCUCUUCACGUCGACCACGUCAUCGGCAGGGGAUGGCAGCAGUGGCGGCGGCGGCGGUGGUGCUGUGGUCAUGGCGGCGACGGACAGCCAGCCCCCAACCCCGUCCAAGGCGCUUCCACUGCGCCCCAUUGCCGCGCGCCGCGGUAAUCGUCGGGGCUCCACCUUCAGGCAACUACAGUGCAUGAUUCGGUACUACCUUUCCCAGCUCCCCGGCGGCGUGCACAUUGUGUCCCACGAACGCACCACGAUCAACGCGAUGCCGGCCAUCCGUGUGUGCUUCAAGCCUCUGUGGUACGCAGGGGGUAUUGAGGAGGGAGGGACGCAGCACACCGGCGGCGGUAGUGCCAGCGCUGUGCCAACAACAUCCUCGGUGACCAACUGGGACGAGAUCGGCGGUGGCGGCGGUGGCAGCUCACAUGCCACAUCCGACUGGGUAGAGGUCCGGGAUGCCCUGCUAGAGGAGGCGAUUGGUCAGCUGAACCCCUUUGCGCAGUACUUUCCGCCUCCACCCCCGCCAGCGAGCUACCUCUGGGGCCAGCAACAGCACCCACAACACGCGUCGCCGUCCUCCGGCACGACCGAGAAGGUGAGCACUUUAGUGACAGCUGCGUCUUUGCGGAAAGCCACUGCCACCGGUGCUGCGGCUAGUGGCGGUGCCGAGGCAAGCACGAGGGACGAUCACGAGAGUCACCCCUUCUACGAGCCGCGUGGUGACGAGUCUCAGCACUCACAGGGGGAGCUGGAGGACCCAUUGCGCGUCGCUAUCGCCAUCUGCUGCGAGGGCAACGCCUUCCUCUUCCAGGCUUCUGCCUCCGAAUACACGCUGGGCAUGUCAAUGCAGGCGGUGCAGACACUGGCGACGCACUUGACACCGAUUCCUCGCGGUAACUGA